ACGAAGCUUACUCCCACUCUCCACACACCUGCAUUUCGCUAUUCCUGUUCCGUAUAACAGUCAGAUGUCUCGCCAUCAAUUAUUUCUCACCGGAGGCAUUUCCGAUUUCCUGCACCCGCAAAAAUUUAGAUCAAGAUGAUGACAGCACAAACCAUAACCGCGAAGAAGGAAGUUAAACCCCAAAUCCUCUCCUCGGUAACGCCCUUCCAACCCCUCACCAUCCACAUAACAUGGAUCAUCCCACCGUCCCACGUCUCUCAAUUCUACGACGCCUUGUACCCUUUGAAAGAAAAACUCGUUUUGGAAGACGAAUGUCUCUAUUUCAACGUAUUCGCGAUUCAAGGAAAGCCGGGAUUUAUGCGCCUGGUCGAGAUGUGGGAUUGUGACAUGGAGUGGAUGGUUGAGGUACAAUCGCAGAAGGAGUAUUAUAAGGGGUUCUUUGAGACGGUGAGUAGGAUUGCGUUGGAGCCGCAGAAGGUGGAGGUUUUGUGUAGUGUUGAGGGGUUUCAGUUCGUUAGGAGGGAGAGGGGGAGGUCGUUUUAAUUGUUCGGUUGGGUUCGAUUAGUCAGAUCCCCUUCUGCCUGUCAGACAAAUGGUACGAAGUUGCAGAGCUGUGUUGAAAGUCCUGUCAUAGGGAAUGCUGGAGAGGUUACCGGGUCUCACGUACCUAUCGCUUUCUUGCUUU